AUGUGCAGAGUUUUUCCUACCAGUUUGACAGGAGCAGCACUAGAGUGGUUCAGGAGUAGACCGCAUAAAUCCAUCCCGGAUUACGUAACUCUAUGCACCAUUUUCCUGGCACAGUAUUGCGGAAAUAAAAAGCAAAAGAAAAGCAUUGCCAGUCUCUUCACCGUAAGGCAGAAAAGGGGGGAAACAUUGCAGGAUUUCUUAUCAAGAUUCAACAUAGAGGCAUCAGAAAUAGCGGAUUGUCAUCCCGCAACUACUAUAGAGACAUGUAAACUCGCAAUGAUUCAGGGGACGAAGUUCCACACUUCCCUAGUCAAGUAUUCUCUGCCCGACAUACAGACUCUAAAUGUUAGGGCCCAGAUUUACAUUCGGCUUGAGGAAAAUAUAGCCCACCGAGUGCAGCACGCUACCCUCGUGACAGUGGAAACAAGCCUCGAGAAAGAAUCCCAACUCCAAAGAUUCAAAAAAGCCAACGUUCCUCAACGCCGGUCACCUAGGCACCUGAAAAAAGGCAAAGGGCAGAGGAAGGAUUUACAUCUCUCCGAACUACCUUAG